GUGUGCACGCGUGUGUGUGUGUGUGUGUGCACGCACGCCCAAGAAUGACCUCACAGCCGCCGGAACAUAAAGACUUACAGGUCCUGCCUCCCAGGCUCAAAGCUGGCUCCGUGGGGGACACAGUGACAUGAGAGGCGUGCCACAGACCCACCUUCUGGCCUUCUCCCUCCUCUGCCUCCUCUCAAAGGUGUGUGCCCAGCUGUGCCCGACGCCGUGUGCCUGCCCCUGGCCACCACCCCGAUGCCCACUGGGGGUGCCCCUGGUGCUGGACGGCUGCAGCUGCUGUCAGGUGUGCGCACGGCGGCUGGGGGAGCCCUGCGACCAUCUCCACGUCUGCGACCCCAGCCAGGGCCUGGUCUGCCAGCCCAGGGCGGGCCCUGGUGGCCGUGGGGCCGUGUGCCUCUGGGGAGAGGAUGAUGGGAGCUGCGAGGUGAAUGGCCGCUUGUACCGGGAUGGGGAGACCUUCCAACCCCACUGCAGGAUUCUCUGCCACUGUCAGGACGGCGGCUUCACCUGUGUGCCCCUGUGCACUGAGGACGUCCGGCUGCCCAGCUGGGACUGCCCGCACCCCAGGAGGGUUGAGGUCCCUGGCAAGUGCUGCCCUGAGUGGCUGUGCGACCAGCGAGGGGAGCUGGGGGUCCAGCCCCUCCCAGCCCAAGGACCCCAGUUUUCUGGCCUUGUCGCUCCCCCACCCCCUGGUGCCCCCUGCCCAGAGUGGAGCACGGCCUGGGGCCCCUGCUCAACCACCUGUGGGCUGGGCGUGGCCACUCGGGUGUCCAACCAGAACCGCCUCUGCCGACUGGAGACCCAGCGCCGCCUGUGCCUGCCCAGGCCCUGUCCACCUGCCAGGGGCCGCGGCCCGUGGAACAGUGCCUUUUAGAGCAGCCCUGGGAAUCUGGAGGUUCCGUGCCCGCCCUCCCCAGCAGGCAAGCCAGUGCUUGGGCCCUGAGCAGAAGGCAGAUGGCCCCUCCCCGCACCCUUGGCUGGGGCAACGACAUCCAGGCCCCAGAGGACAAGAAUGUUCACAAGUCAUCUGGUCCACCUGGACCCUGAGAUAGAGCCAGGAUGUCUGCCCCAGUCCCCCUUCCUCUACCUCACAGCCUAGGCUGGCCAAGGUUUCCAGUGUCUUCUGGUCCAUUCCCAGCCCCUCCACACAGCCUUUAGCAAACAUGUGUAAUAGGCAAGCUUUCCAGCAGAUAGGGCAACCAGCUGUCCCUUAAUCAUUAGGCCGAGGCAGGUGCUGGGCUAGACUGGCUAUUUCUCUGGGGGUGUGGUGAAGAGGGGCAUGCAGAUAUUCUGAAUCUCCUGCUUCCUUUCCUGGACUGACAUAAAAACGUCCCCGAAUACAUGCCUGUGCAAGAGCUCGUAGGUCAGGCUUAUGCUGUCUGAGAAAGCCUGCCCCAUCCAGGGCAGAAUUCAGAGGCUGUGUGCUUUGUGAAAAUCACAAGGUGAAAUCACACUGUCUUGAAGAAAGUCAGAAAACAGGCCUGAGAGUGAUCCCUUAAGCCCAACUUGUAUUAAUAAGAACGAACCUUUCUCAGGCACCUGCAAUGUGCCAGGCGCUGAGCUAGACACUUUAUAUAUAGGUUGUUGCUUUGC